UCCAGGGUCAGCUUAAAAGGUUGAUAUUGCGAGCCACUCGGUCAAUGAGCAUCGUUGUAAAAGGUAUACUGAUCCAAGAUCAGGAAUUUGAAUGCGUUUUUACUUUCAUGAUUCACGUUGGGUAAAAUUCUGCCACCACUUUCACAUUGAGAUCUUGACAAACUAGCUUAACAUCAUGGCAGUGGGCCUAAUAUCGUAUCAGACUUUGAGUUGUCGAUUGUUAAACCGUAUGAUUUCGCACCAAAGCGUGAGCACAAUCUGCAGCUUUACACGCGCUUUAUCGAGAAGGACUGGCACAGAGCUCUCACCACGGACAGUUCACGGUCUGGUAAAUCUAUGCGGGAGUUGGACGUGCCGGACAUCACAAUGGUUGUCUUUUUACGACUCAAGAUCAUUCUCGUCUUUACCUCCACCGCCCCCUUCUGGUGAUAAAACCAAAAAGACAGGGCCAGUGACUUGGAAAUCAUUAGCAAUAACAUUUGCAUUUGGGGGUGUUCUCCUUGCCGGAAUGAAAUAUUUCAAGAAAGAAAAAGAAGAAUUGAUUGAAAGAGAAAGGACAAAGUCAAUGGGCAAACCAGCACUUGGGGGUCCAUUCUCUCUUGUGGAUCAGAAUAAUAAACCCUGUAAAAGUGAGGAUUUCCUCAGCCAGUGGGUCCUUAUCUACUUUGGGUUUACACACUGCCCUGACAUCUGUCCUGAUGAAAUCGAGAAAAUGAUUGAGGUGGUGGAUGAAAUAGACAGGAUACAGUCUCUUCCAAACCUGACCCCCAUCCUCAUCACCAUUGAUCCUGACAGGGACACACCUGAGGCCAUGGGGACAUAUGUGAAAGAGUUCUCCCCUAAGCUCAUUGGCCUGACUGGGACAAUGGCCCAAAUUGACCAGGUCUCUCGAGCCUACAGAGUCUACUACAGCCAGGGACCAAAGGAUGAAGACAACGACUACAUUGUCGAUCACACAAUCAUCAUGUACCUGGUUGGUCCGGACGGAGAGUUCAAGGAGUAUUUUGGACAGAACAAGAGGAGCGCUGAGAUCUCCUCUUCCAUUGCAUCACACAUGAGGAAGUACAAGAAGGGGAAUUAAGAGGUGAGAUGAAGGAGAACUGGUCAAGUGCACUGUCUGUGUCUGGGAACACCUCUUGUGUGCCUCUCUCACAGCCUUCAGAGACUGUCAGCAGCCUCUGGCCCAGCAGCCUCUGGCCCAGCAGCCUCUGGCCCAGCAGCCUCUGGCCCAGCAGCCUCUGGCCCAGCAGCCUCUGGCCCAUCAGGACUGAACGUUACCUUAUUUUUUUCAAUGACAUGGAAUAUUUAUCUACAUUACAGCUUUUCAUUGAAUUCAAAUGUCUACGACUUACCAUUCCCUUGUUGCGGUUCACCAUUUAACAUGGUCUCUAAUAUCAUAUUUAAGUCUAAGAUGAUUUAAAGUGAUUGUUUGCAAAUGGGUGUGGACAACACUUAAGUGUUUAUUUUUUCUGCUUUGCCCAUUAUUUAAAUCGAUGUGAAAUACAAUUGUUUCGAUGUAAAAUAUGAGAGCCAAACAAUAAUACCUGAUUUUAAGUACCUCAACAAAUGUAACUACCAUAAAGUGGAGGGGGAAAGUAUUCCCUGGAAAUCAAUACUGAAGAACUAAAGUUUUCCAGUGUUUACCCUUGGACACUCCUAAUGGAAAAAUACAUGAAUAGUUGUCGUUGUGCAGUUACAAUUCGGCUUUACUUCCUUUACACUAAUUCUCCUUUUUAGCCUUGCUGUUAAGUCUGGCCCAAUACCUGGACUCGUCUGUGACACCAGAAACAUUUAUGCACUGUAAUAACUCUUUGGUUACUCGAUUUGUACUAUUCAUAAAUCAGUCAUAUUUCAACUGAAUUUCCAAAGUAAUGUUUAAUUUAUUAAACUUGAACUUACAAU